AUGCUACAGACGCUGGAUCGUUAUGAGAGAUGCAGCUAUUCUGUGGGAGAGAUCGUUGUUCCUUCCAAGGAGAUGCAGGUAAUCGUGCUCUCCCUUUCUUUUUUCUCUCUCUUCACUGGUUAUGUAUAUAAGCACAAAAAAAAAUAAAAAAUUGAAAGAAAAAUACGUAUACCCAGUAGAAAUUCUGAGGGAAGAUUCACCUCCAGUUCGUGCCCAUAAAACUCUUCAUGUUCAUUCAUCUGUCCAUCAUUCACGUUUUCAUGCAGGAUAGUUACCAGGAGUGCGUGAAGCUGAGGGGGAGAGUUGAGGCCCUGCAACGCUCCCACAGGUAACCCCACCCAUCGCGAUGCAAGAUCUGGGGAACAGGAGGACCCAUGAGAGAAGCUCUGGUUUCAUGAAAGAUGGGGUUUUUCUUCUUCUUCUUUCUAUUUUUUUCUCAUCUGCAGAAACCUCCUGGGAGAAGAUAUCGGCUCCCUGAACACGAGGGAGCUUGAGCAGCUCGAGAUCCAGCUAGAGAUGUCCCUGAAGCACGUUAGGUCAACCAAGGUGAGCUCCCCCCAUGAGAACUACUCCUUGGUCUUCUUCUCUGUAAGCCCUCUAACCCUCCUUCCUCUCUCCCCUCUCUAGACCCAGUUGAUGCUCGACCAGCUGUGCGAUCUCAAGAGGAAGGUAAAGAAAAAAUUGCACCCCUCCUCCCAUUUUUCAGGAUCAUGUGGCCGCCGUUGACUGCUGACAAAUCUCGUCGUCUUCCCCAGGAGCACGUGUUUCAGGAAUCCAACGGUAUCCUGAGGAGGAAGGUAGGACUUUGACCAAUGUUUUAGGGUUUUUUUUUUUUUUUUUUUUUGUAGUAGUAGCAGUAGUAGAGGGAAGGGAACCCAGUAGCUUGGAGAUUGAGAUCUGACUUGGAAGCAGUAGGGUUGACCUGCCUGAAAGCUCUGGUUUGAUCUUGCAGCUGCAGGAUCUGGGUGAGGAGAGCUUCCUUCAGCUGUCAUGGGGGAGCAAUGGCGGCGGCGGCCCGAGCGCCGCCAACAGCCGCCAGCCCAGCCACUCCGAGGGGCUCCUACAGCCGCCACUGGGCGUCGAGACCCCUCUCCAAAUCGGGUAAAAGCCGCCUACUUCGUCUCUCUGGCCUCCUCCUUCUCAUCCUCCUCUCAGCAUUUGACUAAUGAAAUGAGCUCCACCUACCUUUAUUUAGGUUUUCAUCGCUCCAGAUUGACCAGAACAUGGACGGGGGAUGCUUCAAUGGGUGGAUGAGUUGA